GCUGGCUGGCGAAGCUGGCAGUGACGCAGCUAGCCGCCCAUGGAGUGCAAUCUGCGUCGCGGUUCUACUGCCGGGUGCAGCCGGUGCCACCUAUGUAGACAAUAGGGGAGUGAAGCAAACACGCAGUCUCACACACAGAAAUACUCAAGACUUAAAUUUGGGCAGAGUAUCCGGGAGCGGAGAAAGAGCAGGACUUUCCCGAAAAAACGCCUAUUUCGACAGGUUUUGCAACUGUACCUCCAACCAAAGAGACAAAGCAGUGAUGGAACAGUCCCUUUGAAUAACUAAACAGUACACAAAGACUGUGUGGAAUGGAUCAGCGUCUCAGCAUCCUACUGUACGUCUCUGUCAUAUAUUGGAAGGAAGUUAUUCAAUAAUCAACGAAGAGGUCAGUUUCAUGUUAUGUUUAAGAUCAGCCACCAAUGACUUCUUUGUUCACCACCUCUUUUGGAACUUGGUCCAUCAAUUCAGCUUAGAAUGACAACAGCAAGAUAUAGGCCUACUUGGGACCUGGCACUAGAUCCCCUUGUCUCUUGUAAAUUGUGCCUUGGGGAAUAUCCAUUGGAGCAAAUGACAACAUUAUCACAAUGUCAAUGCAUAUUCUGUACCCUGUGUCUGAAACAAUACGUGGAACUUUUAAUUAAAGAGGGCCUGGAAUCCUCAAUCAGCUGUCCUGAUGCUGCCUGCCCAAAGCGAGGUCACCUUCAGGAAAAUGAGAUCGAAUGUGUUGUUGCAGCAGAACUUAUGCAGAGAUAUAAAAGAUUGCAGUUUGAAAAAGAAGUACUUUUGGAUCCAUGCCGAACCUGGUGCCCAUCCUCCACUUGCCAGUCAGUCUGCCAACUGAAGGAGGAAUUACAGAAGCCCCAGUUGGUACAGUGUGCAGCCUGUAACUUGGAGUUUUGCUCCCUUUGCAAAGCAAACUGGCAUCCGGGGCAGGCUUGCCAAGAAAACCUGCCUGUUAGCUCACUUCUUCCCGGUGAAUCAAGCUCAUUCUUUGAAAAUGAUGAGGAGGAUGAUGUUCCAAUCAAACGUUGUCCAAAGUGCAAAGUCUACAUUGAAAGAGACGAAGGAUGUGCACAGAUGAUGUGUAAAAACUGCAAGCAUGCCUUUUGCUGGUACUGCCUGGAAUCGCUUGAUGAUGACUUUCUAUUAAUUCAUUAUGACAAAGGACCUUGCCGCAACAAACUUGGUCACACUCGCGCCUCUGUCAUUUGGCACAGAACCCAGGUAGUUGGAAUAUUUGCAGGCUUUGGCCUUUUGCUGUUGGUGGCAUCACCUUUCCUCCUGCUGGCCACACCAUUUGUCCUCUGCUGCAAGUGCAAAUGUAACAAAGGGGAUGAUGAUCCUUUACCUACAUAGACCCGGUGCUCAGAAACGGGGCAAAGUUAUUUAAUGAACGUUUUUUCUGUUUUAACUGCAGUUUUAAACUGUCUUAUUUUAGCCCAUCAUAUAUCCCAGUGCCAGAAUUUGCUUUCCUGAUUUCCACCAUUUAAAUCACACUCCAGAGUCCGAGAGUGCAGUGAAUCAAAACGCAAAAGUUUGGAAGAGGUGAAAUCCGGUUUUCCAGACAACAAUUUAUUCAUAGUAAAUGAACAGAAACAUAGUACUCUGCACGAAGGCUCUGGAAUAUAUUUGGUAAGCUUAGAAAAGUUCUCGUUUAAAUGGUUUCAAAAAAGCAAUAUCCGUAGCAAUGUGCUGCUGUUCACUUAACUACAAAACGUAUAAGGUUACAUGAAGAAAAAAAAUUUGCAAUGUUUUAUUUAACAGAAAAUGCACAACAGAUGCUUCAGAUUUUGUACAGACAAUAGGCACACCAAUAUUUCAGACCGUCCUGUCAGAAUAGAUGGUUGUAACAGGUCAUGUCAUCAUAGGUUAUCUAUUUAUCAAAAUAAGUUCAUUCUUUUAUUGCAAAAAGCACGCACGUUACUGACUGUAAAAAACCAGUAGUCAAUUUUACUAAAGAAAAACCCUUCAUAAGACAUUUUGUUGAUUUUAUGAGGCAUUUAAAUAUUUCAUACUUAUUAGGUCAUUUACAGAUGCCUUUUAUCUGAAUCCGUUUCUAGUAUCUCUGUCUUUUUAUGUUUCUGUUUUUAAGUUGCUAAAUGUGUAAAGGUGCACUGACUCUUAACAGUUACCUGCAAUAAAAGGCUGAAGUUUCCUGGUACUAUAGAAAUAUGUUUCACGGCAAAUGUCAUGGAAAGUGGGGAAGAACAUGUCAGAUCACCUUCCCAAGGCCUUCCUGCCGUUGGAGGAAUUUUGUAGGAAGGAGAUGGGAAUAGGAUGAGUAGCUCAGUCAAUGGGGCAGGCAGCCAAUUAAGGCCAUAAUUUGAAGCUAUUUUCUCAAGAUGUGUGUAGGAUUUGGCAUCUCUGCUGCCAACGCGGUAUAUGUCUUAACGUGUGGUCUCAGUUGAUAGUGUAGAUGUCAGAGAUGCACUUCAGCGUAAAGGGUAGCAUCUGUAACUUUUGUUACAUUUGCUCUCACUCCAAAUCAUUGCCUUAAUGGUUUCAUCCAAUGAUUUUGAGCAUCUUUCCUGAUCCGGUUCUUGUAAUUUACCAAUUUGUCGGUGGGCAUGAGAUGGAGGAGUGACCAGUAAGUGGGAGAAGAAAAUAAAGGGAAGGGGAGUAACAUGGACAAGAUUCCCAAUGGCUCACCAUCAGUUUUGAACGAACCAAAUCUUCUGACGUAGAAGAAUUGACAAUAAGUAUGUUACAAAAUAAAAAUCAAAUCGAAGAGCAAAAUCAAACCACUGAGCUUGGUGUUAUUAUCAACCAAUUAUUCGCUGUCAACUUCUCUCUAUCCUAACAGCUCAUUGUGAUAUCUAUAUGUUGUCUGUCUCCACAUUGCAAGCCAUUUUAUUAUAAUGGCCAAAAAUACUCUCUGUAAUGAUUUGUGUAGGGAUAUCAUUUACAGUCACCAGCAAGAAAGAGGUCAAAGCCCUUUGUUUUUAUUAGGUACCUGAAGUGCAGUGGGCUACAUGUGUAUGUGCCUUUUUUUUCUCGAUCAGGUUAAAUCUUAGUUUUACUUGUUAUCAAGCAGUUAAUUUGUGUGGAAAUGUCAAUUAAGCACAGCAUCAGGUAAUGAUGAGCAGCAUAUGUGAUGGAGGAGGUGAGGGGGAAUAGCAAAAUAGAGUUGAAAUAUGAAAUGGAAUGAAUAUUCAAAAGUCUUCAAUGACAUCUGGCUUUAAAGCUUGUCAUCACCUCCUGUCAAAAUAAUUCUGCAAAAUAAUUCUUACUUAGUAAUGUUCAAAUUAUCAUCCAGAAGUGUGCACAAAGCAAGUUAACAUUGCGAAGAGCAUUUGUUACUUUUUUACUUGCCUGCACCUUAUUAUAUUUUGGGUAGGUUCAGUAUCAUUGACUUCUCCAGCAGGUGAGCCUUGACUCCAUAUGUCACAAAGACUGCCUUCACUUCAUCACAGAAUCCGAUCAAUUUAUUGCAUUCCCAGGGAUUGAAUGGAUUUUCACUUUGUUCCGGUUUAUUUAUCCCAAGAUGCAACAAUGCUACAGUGGACCAUGACUUGGCCUUUGAUGCCAAAUGGUAAAAGAUUGUCAAGAAUUACAGUGACACAAAGUACAUACUUCAGUCGUUAGUUUUGCAAGCAGAAUACAGGUAAUGAUCAAGCCUGUUGUGUUACAUUACGUAUUUGUAUUCUUAUAUCUUUUUCUGAUUCUUCCCUCUAAAGAAACUACCUAGUGUGAUUAUUCUAUAAAGGGGCCAAAUGUUAUAUGCCACUGCCAAUUGUGAAAUAAAGAGGGUGCCACCCCGCUGCACCCCACCCUUGCACCUUUCCAUCAGGCUGUGAGCUCACCCUCAUACUAUGGGAGGGCGGGCACAUGACAAAAUCAGCAACCAGCCCCUGUAAGUAAAUAAAUGAGAGUUACGUUCAUUUGACCCCAAUAUCACCCUAAAUACCCUGCCCAAAUGGUCAUGGGGCUGAUUGGCAGGAAGGUGGGAGUGAGUAACCCAUUUUUCUUUAAAGAAGUUUGUCAAAUGCCAGGAAGGAAGGAUGUAUAUAUCAAGGGCACCACACUCCUUCCCCCAACCCCCUCAGAAGAUAGUGCCACUUCCUUCCUCCCACACGGACUUUAAUAUCCACCCUUCCAAUCUUCCAAGGUGGUCAAACUCUCCCCACCAAAUCCCCCUGAAUUUACCUGGGUAGGGGUUACAUUGCACUGCCUUGAUGGGACAGGUUGCAGCCCUGGCAGCUGCUGCCACCAUCAGAGCUGCCACUCCGAUUCAGAGGGUGGGAGUUUCUCUCCUGGAGGAACAGCUCUGCAGUAAUUUAGCCCACCCACAGUGUGAUGUGGCUGUGAGGUUCACUCGUUAUCUGCUUCUCAGGGUGGACCAUCUACUUCCACUGUAAAUCCUUUACCAAGACUCGGUGCAAACCUCCUAAUUUAAACCAACCAAGUUAAGAAAGACUGUUUUAAAUUCGCAAAUUAAAUCUAACAAGGAUUAUAGUUUGAACCAACCUUGAAGCUGUUUGUAUUUAUAUUGAGGGAUCUUAUUCCCUUCCACAGAUUCCUGAGAAACAUUGUAAUAAUCUUUAAAAAAGACUGCCUAAUUUUUAAUCCCUCUCUCUCUCUGUAUCAAGGUAGAAUUGCAGAAAUCAAUAUCUUGCAAACCAGAUUUUUGAAAAUAAUUUGUUUGGCCUAAAAGUACUAAUGGCACUACAACCCCCACUGUAACUCAGUAUUCUUUAUGAACCCUCUUUACACAACAAUUGUGAUUACCAUCUCACAUCAUGAUUAAACAUUGCAAUAAUAAUAAGUUGCAACGCUUAAUUGGAGAAGCAAGAAGGUAAUUUAUUAAAGGAACAGGAUUGUGUAAUGCUAAAGAUCACAAAUUUUAAGGAGAAAUUCAGCUUGUGCCAGAUCCUAAUGUGGAAUGGGUGGUGUUAUCCAAACGCAUGCCUCCAUUUUUAUGAAAUUGGAAAGCAAUGGAAACCUGAUGGAGACCUUUAGUCAAGCCGUGCUUAGAUCAUUGACAAUGUGGAACAGCUAUAUGAACCAUGUAUGGGGAUUUUAACCUAUGAAUUCGAUUACCAUACUUACGAUGGGGUCCAAUGUUGAGAACUCAAUUUCCAUAAUCAGAGCCGGAACUACUGUUCGGGUGAAUGAAGAGCACAGCAGAGUAUGCCACAGGACUCACCGACAUCCCAGACAACCUCAACAUGGCGUCCCAGCUCCUACACACAAAGGUUCGAGCGAUGAAGGAAAGCAUGCUAAGCGCCUUCUUAAGCACCCUGUCUACCCUGUGACACAACUUUCAAAGAAUUAUGUACCACUAGGUGUCUCUGUUCUGCAACACUAUCCAGGGUCCUACCAUUAAUUGUGUAAGCCCUGUGCUUGUUUGUGUUACCGAAAUGCCACACCUCACAUUUAUCCAAAUUAAAUUCCAGUCACCCUGUUAUCGGAAGGAUAUUAUUAAACCGGAGAGGAUUCAAAAAAGACGGAUGUUGCUGGGAAUGGAGAGUUUGAGAUACAAAAGUAGACUAGGACCUUUUUCACUGAAACUUAGGAAGUUGAGGGGUGACCUCAUUAGGUUCACAACAUCAUGAGGGCAUAGGUAAGGUGAAUGAUAAAGGGCCUUUUCUCCAGUGUGGAAUUCAAAACUGGGGAGCGUAUUUUUAGGGCGGGAGGACAAGGAUUCAGAAAGCUUCAACCUUAUUACACAGAGAUAAGAGGAACUACUGAUGCUGGAGAAUCCGCGAUAACAAAGUGUAAAACUGGAUGAACACAACAGGCCAAGCAGCAUCUUAGGAGCAGAAAAGCUGACGUUUUGGACCUAGUGUCUAGACCCAAUACGUCAGCUUUUCUGCCCCCUCAGAUGCUGCUUGGCCUGCUGUGUUCAUCCAGCCCCACACUUUGUUACCUUAUUGCACAGGGAGUGGUUCGCGUGUGAAUGAACUGCCAGAGCAAGUGGUAGAUGCAGGUACAGCUAAAAUGUUUAAAAGUCGUUUGGAUAAGUUGAUGAAUAGGAAAAGCUUGGAGGAAAAUGGGCCAAACAUUGGCAGAUGGGACUAGUUUGUUUUGGGAACAUGAGUAGAGUGGACUGUUUUGACCAAAAGGUCUGUUUUCAUGAUAACGAAAUAUGAGGCUGGAGCACAAAAGCUUCAGUGAUCUGUUUUCAUGAUGUAUGUCUCUAUAACUGGAAAGCACCGGGUUCCAGUUUGGCAACUGCCACCGUUCCCACAAAGUUUACAACUGAAGAUCCGUCCUUCCUGGUUUUAUGCCCAAAUAAGAGACAAGACUUGUUCAAUUUCACCCUUUAGAGUUAUCAACUACCUCCCCCACCCUAAAAAAACACCCUCCCCAUCCUGCUGAAUUUUAUACUCGCAUGCCAUAAAACUUUGGAGCCACAUAAAAUUUCAAUUCAUAUUCCAAUUAAUUUGUAUCAAUUGGAAGUUGCUGAAACUUAACAUAUCUUAGCUAGGUCAUCUGCCAGGAACGAAACCUACUAAGCACAGCACUUUUCUAAAUGUCAGAUCAUAAAACUCAAAACACAACAAAAAAAUUGGAGAAAAAGUGUGUACAAAUGGCUGGCUUGGUUUAGACAGCAGCAUUGUAAGCAUUAGUUCUUUUCCUGUGCUAGGAAAAACUAUCUUUUUUGCAAACCAAAAAAAACUCGGAAAGUCAACUUUGAGUAAAUGCCUCCAGAUUGGAAAUCACAGUGAAAUGUUUGAAUUACUGCCUGUCAAAAUAUUGUCAGUCUGAAAAUCUGCAAUUGUAAGGGUGGGCAUGAAGAAAGUGGGCUUCAGAAAAUUCCCAGACCCCACUUUUCCAUUCUGUCAUCACUUCAAAGUCAGUGUGAUGGUCUUGAUUUAUCUCCAUUCUGCACUGGAGAAAAUAAUCACCUUUAUCUGUUACAUGAAUGAAGAAAAUAUUACUCUAGAGUUGCCAUUCCAUGCCACAUAAACUAGAAGAUUCAUUUCAUCUACCCUGAUAUGUUUCCCUGACUACUAUAAUUUUUAAAGUCUUUAGAAUUUGAGAUAAUUUUCACCCAAAAUAGGAACCUAUUGGAAAUUCUUCUAAUUAGCCUGUUCAGUGAUGGUAUUACAUACCUCUGGAGCAAGUGGGACUUAAAUCCAUGCCUCCAGGCUCAGAGAUAGGGGCCGCUGUAGCUACCACUGUGCCAUGAGAACCGUAGGACCCUAUUGGAGACUCUUGAACAGGAUCUCAAAAACCUGUGUGCAUUUACUCUUGAAAAGCCCUAUCUUGAAAGGAACACAUGAUGUUGGAAAUUGUGUCCCCUAUUUCUGACAUACAAUUUGCAGAACAGAAGCAGGCCAUUUAGUUCAGCCGGUCUACUUCAUCUGAGUUUAUCAGCAAUACUGCAUGUCCCCUUCUCUCUCUCCAAGUACUUAAUUAUACGAUUGCCUCAAAAAUAAAUUUCUGACAUGGUUGAUAUUCUUUUGGUCCUUAUGGUAAAUGUAUUUUCUGUACACAUAGGUAAUAAACAAUAUUGUUUUGCCAUGGAAAUUUUUUUGUUUACAAUCUAAUAUAAAUAUUGCUUUCGGUAAAAUAUCUCUAAAUACGAAGGUUGUCUGUGACAAACCACAUCACUUAGCCUCAGUACUUUUUUAAAACAUGGUCAUAACGUUGUUGAAACUGCCCAUUAUUCAUUUCUUUAAGUUCUGUAUAAUCAGUGUAGCUGAAUAGUUAUGCUCGUUUUGAGAAUAUUUAAUGGUUUAUUUGUGGCCUGUCGUUUAGUACUGAGAUGUUGCAAAACAAUGUUAAUUUUUAGUGUGUGUCUUACUGUCUUUUUAUAUUAACAAUAAGGAAUGUAUAAACAAUUUCAGCUUCUUUUUCCUCCUUUCCAAAAUAUUUCCAUGUGACUUAAUCACGGUCUCUCUUUCUGGUUUUGUAAUCUAAGUAUGUAAUCCGUAAGGGUCAGUUCUUAAUGCCUUAAAAUAUUUCUGUGAACACCGUUAAUGUUAGCACAGUCUCUAGAAUGCUAAUGCAGAGUAUUUGCCUAAUCUCAUAUGUUUGAAGAUCUUGUGAUCUCCAUUCUAUGUAUUGCUAAGCAUGGAAGAAACUUGUAGGUAAAUAACUAAAUGUAUUCCUGCAUUUAAAAAAUAUAUAAUUGGUAUCUCAUUUUCUAAAAUAAAAGAAUGCAAGUACUCAUUA